AUGGCACCCAGUUUUGAAACCCCUCCUCGAGAGACCACACCCAACGAUGACGAAAAUCCAUUAUGGGAAAUCAAACCCAUCCCGGGAAAAGGACAAGGUGUACUAGCCACACGCUUCAUAACCCCAGGAACCCUCCUCUUCCACGAAAAACCCCUCCUCACAACCGAGACGUUGAGUGAUCCCUCCACGACCGAAAAAGACCUAGCACGCUUACUCCGCGCUCUUCCCAAAGAAUCUCAACGCGCCUAUCUCUCCCUCCACAAUAAUUAUCCCGGUCAAGGAUCCCCCCUCACGAACAUCAUCCGCUCGAACGCCUAUCCACUCGGCCCCUCCUCCCCCAUCGGCGGCAUCUUCGCCACCAUCUCCCGCAUCAACCAUUCCUGUCUCCCCACAACCCAACACUCCUGGAACGAAAAACGUCAAGAGUUCGUCGUCUACGCCGUACGAGACAUCCACCCCGGAGAAGAAAUCACCACAUCCUACCACAAUUUUUCAAAUUCAUCUGUACCUGUACACUGUGCUAUCGGAGAUGCGGAAACAGUGAUGAAGACGCCUGAAAAAGUACUCGGGACGUGUCGAAAGCUCGAGACGAUUUAUCGGGAAGAAGGGAUUCAGGAUCAGCGGGUGGGAAGACUCUAUUGGGAUGCUUUUCAGAUUUGUAAUCGUCAUGGUGAUUUAGCACGAGCGAGUGUGUUUGCGCGGAAAUAUAGGGAGAGGAAGGUACUGGGUGAGGGGGAGGAUAGUGCGGGGGCUGAGGAAGCGUUGGUGUUUAUGAGAGAUCCGAGGAAAGAUGAUAGUUAUGGAGGGAGUCAGAGGUGGAGGAGUGGAGUGGAGGAUGUUCCGAAGGAUUUGAAUGAGGUGGAUUUUGAGAAGUGGUUGUGGAGGGAGUAG